AUGGUCGGGAAUAGUCAGCAUCUCGCAGUGCGCCAAAGAGAAACGUCAGUCUCUGAGCAACCCCAAGUUGAGACGACUAGGACAGCAAGUCGACGACUUAGUCGGGUCAGAAACAACGAUGACGACAACUCUGAUGGGAGCGAUGACCUUUAUGACCCAUGCCAGCCCAUUGAGGAGCGACGGCGAGUGCAACGAGGCUUCCGAGACCUACUACGCGGGGUAACGGAAAAUUCGGAAGACUAUCUUCAGACGGGUUCUCGUGGGCUUACUGAGACGAUAUUAAAAGCUACAGAGCUUUCUAAACAGUUUCGGCAAACCACAGAGGCCACAAUAGACUCCAGACUCCUAGUCAGCACAACUGAUUUAUCAUAUAAGAAAGCGUUGCGCCUAACGCAAGGGAGCCUCUCCCAAGGCAUUGAUGUGGACGAAUUUGUUUCCAAGUGUGCCACUUAUAUGCGGCAAGGAGCGUCCAUACAGGAGGAGCGGGAUUCUGUUAGCGGGCCCAAUCGAUUGAUACUCGAUGAGGAUGAGGAUACCACGGGCGAUGAUGGAGAUAUGAUGGAUUGGCCGCAUCUAGGGACAAUGGCAUGUCUGCCGAGCAUUCGGAGACCUGCGCUCGCAGGGUUCUUAAUCGGUCCGCUUUCUCUGGAGCGACGUAUACGCAAAAUUUCGAAACGAACUGCACCUUUUCACCCAAACAACCUGGUUGAGACGAGGCCUGAAGUCCUGAACAUUGAUGAUUUGGCAAAGCGGGAGAACGACCUCACAGCAAUUUGCAGAAAGAUCCUGGAGCAGUUGGUUAAAACACAGAUUGAUAUGCAAGAAGCAGUCGCCAAAGCUUUGACACCUGAAAUGGACGACGAUGAAAAGCAAGACAUAAUGCAUGCACAUGGUCUGAGAAGCACGGGUGGCAUAGAUCUGAUGCGUUUUGUUGUUAAUCCAAAAUCGUUUGGCCAAACGAUUGAAAACUUAUUCUAUAUAAGUUUUCUCAUUCGGGAUGGUAGAGUUGAGGUUGAUUUUGAUGAUUAUGGCUUGCCUGCCAUUGCCCCAGUAAUGAGUGAUUCUGAAGAAGAACCUGGAAUACGACAAGGCGCAUCUAAACACCAGGCAAUCUUAUCCAUGGACAUGGAGACAUGGAGGGAAAUAAUAACAGUGUUGGGCCUAACAGAGCCCAUGAUAGAACACAGAGCGGAACGGAGCACUGAGAAACCAGGAGCACGAAGUUGGUACAGUUAA